AUGGGAGCAGUCAUAGAAAAAGCAGUAAACGUGGCAGUGGAAACGGUGUUGGCAGAAAUGAUACGAGUUGUAAGUCUCAAAUUCGAGGAAUUCAGGAGAGAGAUGACCGCAAAAGAGAAGGAGAAUCAGAACAUUCGGCAGAUGCUCGAGAUCUCCCGGAGUCAGAUGAAAACUAUGCGAAAGUAUGUGAAUGUCUUGUGUGCCAAAGACAGUAGACCGGUUCUGACUAACCCCAGACAUUCGCUUCCCCAGUCUGAUGUACUCAGAACUCAAGAGAUUCAUGUCGAUGGGUCACCAGUUUCCCAAAGGCUUAAGCCGAGACGAGAGGCCCACAGCACGACCUUCUCGGGUGGAAAUGUUGCGUUCCCUAAACCCAGAAAUCCUGACCCAACUGCUGAUAUUGACAGAAUAAUAUGGGAAAGGCAGCGACUUCAUUUGUCAAAACCUCAUGACGUAGUCCAAGGGCCAGUCAGAACCGAGGGCCAGUCAAGCACUGACAUCCAUCCAGUGGAAAUGAAUGAAGCCAUAGUGAACCUGGCACCAACAAAAGAUGAAGAUGCAGACUCUCCAUUGGAGCAGAGUGGAUGCCAGUUAUCUGAGGCCUGUGAAUCUGUGUGGUGUGGAAUGCAUCUGGAGAGCUUUGAGAACCAAAACAUAGAGACACAGGACUCUAACACACACUCCUUAGUCAGCAGAUUUGAAGGCAAAGAUGCAGAUAAUUCUACCUCCACAGAAGUGGCCCUGCCUCUUGAAGUCAAAGAGGAGGAGUCAGAAAUUGAAAUUGUCUGUGUUAAGACAGAGCCAACAGAAACAAGCACUCCCUCUACCUCAGAGUGCCCAGGAUUAGCACUGGACCAGCUGGCUACGGCGAGCACAUCCAGAGGCUCUCUGAGCACAACUGAGACUCACCAGGCUCCAUCCAACACAGUAGUACACACAGACACAACCAUCUCCUCUAUGGGGACCUCCACAUACGUGGAUCCCCAGCUGUCGGUAGCAGGGGUCCAGAGGCCGAUGCGGAUAUGGCGCAAGGACUUGAACCUUUAUGAAGAGUACAAACGGCAGCGGGCGGAGCUGAGGAGGCGGAGCCAGAACCGUCAGCGUGAACUGGAGCAGAGCCUGCCCCAGGCGCUUCUGGCCGACCUGGUGCGCGAACGCAGAGAGAAGACCCGUCUGCGGGUGGCGCGUUGGCGGGCGAAACGCAAGCUGCAGGCCUGUCUGAUGACUUCACAGCCAGCUCAGCUCAACGGUCAACCCGCUCCCAUCGUACACGCGCAGCGCGGCUUCGCCCGCGCUCAGCGAAGAGGCAGGACUCCAGGGCCGUACGGCACCUCUGUUCAGUCCCACCCCGGGACCGAAGCCUAUAAUCCACCGGUGCAGCUUGGCUCUAAUCCCUCAGUACAGACACAUACGCACAACAUAGGCAUCGGUCUCACGUCACCUGGCACCGCACCGUUCCUACAGUAG